AUGAAAAGAGGAACAAAAAAACAGAAACAGGAGUCGCAGUGAGAAAAGUCUCAGUGAUGAUUUCAGCCUUCAAGAUCAACACCAUGAGGAACUCUCUCCUGCUCAUCCUCUCACUGGUUUCAGAGACAACAGGAAAAUGAGAAAACUCAACAGAAGAAAGAAGGGUAAGUUUUCAAGAAACGUAAAACGUUAUCUCCGGAAACACGUCUGUGCAGAGCAGACGCUGAAGAUCAACAGAUGAAAAGAGGAACAAAAAAACAGAAACAGGAGUUGCAGUGAGAAAAGUCUCAGUGAUGAUUUCAGCCUUCAAGAUCAACACCAUGAGGAACUCUCUCCUGCUCAUCCUCUCACUGGUUUCAGGUUGUGAGGCCUUUUCUGCAGUGAAGGGGUGCAAAGGUGGAUGGCUUACAUUCACCUGCAAAUAUCCUGGAACAUUUGAGACAGAUAGAAUUGAUGUAUUUGGACCAAAAGGAACAAUCAUACGAAGUGAUAAGAAGGAUGUUUGGGAAAACAAAGACGCAUAUUUUCUGUACCAUGACACAACAAAUAAAGAACUCAAGGUGACCAUCAACCAACUUCAACAAAAGGACUCUGGGAUUUAUCGCUGUGGAUUUGACCAAAACUCAAACAAAAAAGACAUCAAGCAACUGAAACUGAAAGUUGAUGAGAACUGCCAGAAACCUUUGAAAACUACGUACAGAACAGCUAAGACCACCAUCUCAUGUGGCAACACAACAAAAGACUCCAGAGUCAAGUUCUUCUGCAAAGUCAACGGUAAAAUCUGUGAGGACAUUUUACCAACAAAGUCUCCUCAGAGGUUAAAAUGGAGCAGCUUCAACAUGUCCACCAGUAAAGUGUCCUCACAGCAUGCUGGUGUCUACUGGUGUGGACUGGAAGCAGAGGACGGAAGUAUCCGAACUGCUCUCAGAAGAAUAGAACUGAAGGUUGAAGAUAUUACUAACUUCAAAAGGUCUCCAACAAUUGGACAGAAUUUCACAUACUGGUGUCGAUACCCAGAGAAUGCUCCUACAAAUAAAUUCAUCUGUAAGGGAGAAGAUCCAUCUCAAUGUGAACGUGUAGUAAGCACCACACGGAUAUACAACAACAGGUUUACCAUGAAUGACGACAAAGACAAUACAAAUAUCACCAUAACAGUGAGAAACAUAACCAGUGAGGACACUGGGACGUACUGGUGUGGAGCAGAAAGCACUGAUGACACACUCAGCGACCCAUUCUUCCAGAGAUUCACGAUGACUGUCGUCCAACCAACAACACCCCCAGUACCCGUCUCUCCUGCUGGGAGUGGAGGAGGCCCUCCGGUCCUCAUUACUGUGAUCGUCUGUGUGGUCGUUCUGCUGCUGUGUGUUCCUGUUGUGAUCCUUAUCUACAGACGACGCUCAAAAAACAAAAGAAAUGCAGCAGCAGUGCAGCACAUCAAAGAGGAAUACAUCUAUGAAGAGAUCCAGGAGCGGCCUCAGAAACCAGACUCAGGACAGGAAAUGAACACCAUUUAUGUCAGCGCCAACUUUCCCACAAACCCCUCUGCCUCGCUGCUUUACUCUACCAUCAACUUUCAAAGCUGCCCUGGUGAACCUGGUGGUGAGGCACUGAUCACCAGACCCUCGUCCUCCGCCUGUGAGUAUUCUACUGUGAAGGUGGGACAGAGUCCUUCUUCAGAGGAUCCUCUCUACUCAACAGUCAAAAAGCCACAGAGUCCAUGAGGGAGUUAUUACAUUAACAAAAAGGUCGUUCAUUUCUCACUUUGUUUGGAAUUACACAGAGAUGAUAUUCAGAUGUCACACAUGUUUCAGUCACCAGGGUUUGUGACUGGACUUGAUAUGUCCUUUCUUUUUAUUUGCUCCUGGAGCUCAGCUAGAAGAGUUUAAAUCGCAACAAUACAUCAACAUUAAAACAUUUUGGAUCAGUGACGCACGUCGGUCUAGAAGUUAAUUAAUGGUCAUUGUGUAAACCAAUUGAGUCCACACAAAACACAACACUGCGAGCUCCAGGCCACCGGGCCGAUGAAAGAGAUGAGAAAAGAUAAUCCUUUAUUAGUCCCACUAACAAGAGAUAUCAGUAAAAAACAAAUCAAUAUAAUAGAUAAGUAUAAUAGAUAAGACAGUAAAGGUAUAAUAAAUAAGAGAAACAUAAAAGAAAACUUCAUAAACUAAAAUAAGAUAGUCGACUGAAUGGUUGUUCACAUUGUAAAUAAAUAUGAAGUGUUGCUGUUGCACAGGUUAUUUAUAUCACUUGUGUAUUGUACGUGUUGCUCUCAGAGUAAAUUAAAGAGCUUGCUUGAACGCAGAAAAAAUAAUAUUGAGAACUUUUUAACAGACAUUCAUGGUCCCCAGAUGAUGACUUCUUUUUCCUCUAGCGCCACCAUGAGGUUGACAUUUGUGGUUUUGAGUGAAAUAUCUUAACAACUGUUGGAUGGAUUAAUGACAUUUAGCUUAGAUGUUUAAUAUCUGCACUACUGAGUCCAAUCAGACCUGUACAGCAAAUGAUUCUAUGAAAUGACAUGUUAUGCUUGAUACUGUGUUAUGCCAAUUAUAGUCCAAAAUAAAACGUUCCUGA